GACUUGGUCCCGCUUACUGCUUGUCCCAGGUACAGCGCUGAAAGAUUCUAGUAAGAACUAGCGACUUUCUUCUGCUCGGGUUAGCACGAGAUUCCGGCUAUCGAGUGCCACGCUGAGCAUCCGCGGAGAGAUAAUGCGCCGCGAGAUGUCGUUCUGUGCGCUUAUAGCUCGAUAUCCUGCAACAAUGACGGUGUGUUCUCAGCACGAACGACGUCCCCUGCUGCAGUCCUGAGAAACCCGGGAGCAUCUUGCCAACACCCAAGAUCUCUCCAACGCUCUUUUCGACAGAAACCUCUUCGGGACUAUACGCCGGGCAUGCCCUGCUUACCCCAUCAGCCUCGUACCACUGAACUCCUAUGAGCUCUAUCAUUGCAAAUUCUUUUUCACAAAUGGCGUCAACCCAGCCUACGUCUUCGGUACCUAUCCCGAACAUCGAUGACGUCCAUGCAAACUCGUCCCAAUCGAACCAUGAUCCUUUCAAAUACAGCCACGGACUCACUGGGGUUGACCUCCCGACGAACUAUCUUCUUGUUCAUAUCCUUAUUGGGACCGCUCUUGCCCCGGUACUCAUCUCAAUUCUGUUCCGCAUCUUUACUACUAUUCGGAAUGACAGACGUCGAGUUUCAACGAUAACGUCCGGUCAAGCUCUCAACUUUUGGGCCAAGGAUCGAUACGACUGGGUUGGCCAGCUCAAAAGAUAUCUCCUUUAUGCGCCAAUAUGGAGGAAGCGCCAUAAUCGCGAAUUUCGUAUCUCGAGCGCCGUCAGUCUGGCCACGCUUCCGACAAGGCUUCAACUCAUCAUAAUCAUCCUCUACGCAGGGAGCAAUGUGGCAUACUGUUUGGCCAUACCGGAGCAACCCGGAGCCCAACGGAUGGCUGAAUUCCGAGGUCGAUGCGGGCAUCUGGCCGCCUUCAACAUGAUUUUCACCGUUCUUUUCGCCCUCCGCAACAAUCCGUUCAUCUGGCUCCUUCACGUUAGCUAUGACACGUUCAAUAUGUUCCAUCGAUGGACAGCACGCAUUGUUUUCACAGAGGCUCUGGCGCACAUAUUCGCUUUCAUGUACAACACAUACCGCGUCAACUACGAUGGUCAGGGAGGAUGGGAUAGCAUCAGCUGGGUUCUAGACCAUUCGCUUUCAUAUCGGUGGGGCCUAGCCGCAUUUAUCGCACUCAGUAUCCUUAUAACCCAUUCGCUCGGGCCGCUCAGGCACGCCUUCUACGAAACUUUUCUUACUCUUCAUCGGCUCAGCAUAAUCGUCGCGAUCUCUGGAGUCUAUUAUCAUAUGGCGAAGCACGCACUACCGCAGCUGCCGUGGGCAUAUCUCUUCAUCACCUUUCUGAUCCUUGAACCUUCCAUACGAGCCCUCCGCAUCCUCUACUACAACUCUUCUUGGCGACAACGAACAUGGACCAAGAUAUUGGUGGAAGCCCUGCCAGGGGAAGCGACCCGUGUAACGUUCCACCUACCACGAUCCUGGAACGCAAAUCCAGGGUCUCACAUCCACAUCUACCUCCCACGCCUGGCGCUGUGGUCGUCCCACCCUUUCUCCGUGGCUUGGGCCAGCGACCCUGGCCAAAUGGCACUGGACUGGGGCACAGAAAAACGCCCUUUCUCAAUCGAGGACCUCGAAGUUAAAGAGGGACCUAGCACUGUAUCCUGCGUCAUCCGCGCCCGCACAGGCAUGACUCGCGCUCUUUACAACAGAGCCUCUCGGGUGAAGAACAAGGAUCUGCAGCUAUGGGGCGCCGUAGAAGGACCAUACGGCGGCUACCACUCUCUCGACUCCUACGGCACCGUCGUACUCUUCGCCGCUGGCGUGGGGAUCACGCACCAACUCUCCUACGUGCGGCAUCUCCUACUCGGCCAUAACAACCACACCGUUGCAGUUCGGAAAAUCCUGCUGGUCUGGUGCAUACCUGACACCUCCGUCCUUGCGUGGAUACAGCUCUGGCUCGACGAAAUCAUGGCGAUGCGGAAUUCACGCGAGGUCGUGAGGAUACGACUGUAUGUCAAGAAGAUGGUGGAUGGGGAGGCGCUGCCGAUGGGCCUGGAUGUUAGGAGGAGUAGAUGCGAACCACAGGGCGUUGUGGAUGAGGAGAUUGUGAGCAUGGUAGGGGCGAUGUGUGUUAGCGUUUGUGGGCCGGGAGCUUUUAGUGAUAGUGUGAGGGCAGCGGUGAGGAAGAGGGUGGGACUGAGGAGUGUGGAUUUCUUUGACGAGGCGUUCACGUACUAGACGGGAGGCGGGGUUUCAUGGUAGGCGACAAAGGUGGGUUUGCUUUCUUCCGACUUGUCGAUGGUUCCUUUACACUUGAUCCUGCGCUUUUGUGCUCAUAGGUCUGUUUCUGUAUAUCUCCUCUUUAUAUCCAAUCGCAUUUGGUACGAUUCUUGUCUGGUUUGCUAGCGUAGAAGGCGUAGAAGGCGUAGAAGAAGCUCGCAUAAUUGCACUCACAUCUCGAUCUUUGGUUCACAUCCCAGUCACUCCAGACCUCCUUUUUAUUCGAAUAUAUAGCGACGUCUGCCAUCGUCGAA